UCGCGGCGGGGCAGCGUGGGAGGAGGCCCAGAGGCGAGCUGGCUUUCUCCUGGCCACUCGCCGGGGUGAGGGGAAGCCGGAGGAUCCCGAGAGGAAGCGGAGGCGCGGGCUGGAGGGGGCCGGUUGCGUCGGCCUCCAGCAGGACUGACCGCGGGGAGGCCGGAAGGCCGGCGGAAGGCCGGAGCAUAUUUAAUGAAAAGCACCAUAGACUGAAAAAUCAAACAUGAGGGUAGCAGGUGCUGCAAAGUUGGUGGUAGCUGUGGCAGUAUUUUUACUAACAUUUUAUGUUAUUUCUCAAGUAUUUGAAAUUAAAAUGGAUGCAAGUUUAGGAAAUCUAUUUGCAAGGUCAGCAUUGGACACAGCUGCACGCUCUACAAAGCCUCCCAGAUAUAAAUGUGGGAUCUCAAAAGCUUGCCCUGAGAAGCAUUUUGCUUUUAAAAUGGCAAGUGGAGCAGCCAAUGUGGUGGGACCCAAAAUCUGCCUGGAAGACAAUGUUUUAAUGAGUGGUGUUAAGAAUAAUGUUGGAAGAGGGAUCAAUGUUGCCUUGGCAAAUGGAAAAACAGGGGAAGUAUUAGACACUAAAUAUUUUGACAUGUGGGGAGGAGAUGUGGCACCAUUUAUUGAGUUUCUGAAGGCCAUACAAGAUGGAACAAUAGUCUUAAUGGGAACAUACGAUGAUGGAGCAACCAAACUCAAUGAUGAGGCACGGCGGCUCAUUGCUGAAUUGGGGAGUACAUCUAUUACUAAUCUCGGUUUUAGAGACAACUGGGUCUUUUGUGGUGGGAAGGGCAUUAAGACAAAAAGCCCUUUUGAACAGCACAUAAAGAACAAUAAAGAUACAAACAAAUAUGAAGGAUGGCCCGAAGUUGUGGAAAUGGAAGGAUGCAUCCCCCAGAAGCAAGACUAAUGGAAAUAUGGAGGAAAUUGAAGAAAACGCACUUUCACUAUUAAUGGGAGAGCUAGAAAGAAGAAACUACGUGUAAAUAUUUUAAGAGCAUGCAGCCAUCUCAGUGUGUGCAUGAGCAUUGUCUCUUUUGAUAUCAGGAUUAUUUAUUGCUAACGUAAAUAGAUAGCAUUGUAAAUAGUCAUCAUAAUGAGCAAAUCACUGAACCAUUUCUUAGCACAUUUUCCUAAAAGUACGAUGUUUAGACUUCAAUGGUAAUAACACAUUUUAAUUCUAAAAGCAUUCCCAGUGGAUAACUGAAUAGGUUGUGAUAUAUAUACUGGUUACUAUGAAACUCUAUCAUGGAAUAAUACGGAUUUUAGGGAAGAGACUUUGUUUUCUUUUAUACAUAUAUAUGUUGCCUUGUGAUGACAAUAUCUUUUAAAUUAAAAAGAGAUUUGGCUA